UCAAAACCCUAAACAAGUUGCAACCUACACCCAGCCGCCGACUCCACCCCCUGCUCCCUUCUUCUUUCCCAUGUCUGCAAAAGCCUCCUCUCUAGAUCCCUUUCUAAACCAGACCUUACAUCCUUCGAUCCGCACAAUCUUCUCAUCAACAAAUCCCUCCAUCUCUCACUACAACCUUGCAGCCUUCAAACCCCAGGCGAGAUCCACCUACUCCGCGCAUGCAGUGGUAAAAAUCGUUGAUCCGAACUGCAAUAUAAUGCGCUGACAAAAAGUCAUCUCCCUCAAAGUUCAAUAUCUCCCCAAUUGAUAGAUUCUCUUUUAGAUGCAGAGACUCUGGCAUCUUUUUGGCUUCUCCAUCAACCAGCCAGCGAUUUCAUUUCCUUCAUCAAAUCGAUUUUCAUCACCAUUGACACUUUCUCAUCUCCUCUGUUUCUGUAAAAUAAGUUCAUGAAUUUUCUAACAAAAUCCGCGCUCCAAUAAACAAAAUUCGCGAAUUUUGUAUGAAUUCACUCAAAUUCGCGUUUAUACGCUCCAAAGUGGGAGCGCUGGCCCUUGUUUGGCGAAUUGUGUGACCUAAGGGAAACAGUAGGGCAACGCUGUUACCAGGAAAAGGACGACAGCAGGCACAAACUAGAACAAGGACUAGUCAUCAGAAACACGGGCUUGGAAGAGGGAGCAGACCCUGCAAGAACACGGUCUAAGAAAAUAUGUCACACCCCGCUCUUCCCAAAAGCCAAAAUGACUAUUAUACCCUUGGGGAAAUUUGUCAAAUUCUACCGUAAAAUCGAUGGGGACUAAAAAUGUGAACUCUCGGUCCAAAUGAGGUGGAGUUUCGACAUAACAUGAGAAAGUUAUGGACGUUAACUGAGUUUUGAUUAAACUCACACGUAAUUGUGAGAUUCCCAAAAUAUCCUCAAAUUAAUUAAACCCUAAGAGUUUUACUCUGCCUCGCCCUAAUAGCAAUUGGCAGCCUUUAUUUUUCCACCGAGAAGCAUCUUGGCAAAAGCGGCCGCUCUCUCCUCUCUACUGUUCUAGUUUCUGGUUCUCCGCUUUCUGAGCUUUACUUGCUCUUCAAAUACCAGUAGAAAACUUCCAACUCUUUCUUCUCUUUUCUUUUUUGUCGCUUCUUGCUUUAGACCACGACAACUGAUUCAGUAAUGACGGAGAGUGAAGAGGUCAUAGUCAAGAGCGUGGUCAUCGCCGCAGGAUGCAAUCGCAUUGUGAAUAACGUCUCGUGGGGCGCCUGUGAUCUCGUUUCCUUCGGUUCUCGGAAUGAUGUCGCCAUUUUCUGCCCCAAGACUACUCAGAUAUUGACCACACUUCCCGGCCAUAAAGCACCUGUCAAUUGCACUCACUGGAUUCCUGGCGCCAAGUUUGCAUUCAGAGCAAAAAAGUUGGAGAGCCAUUAUCUUCUAUCAAGAGAUUCGGAUGGCGUCAUCAUUUUAUGGGAGAUGACACUUGCUGAAAGAAAGUGGCGGCUAGUGAUGCAGCUACCACAAUUAUAAUAUUUGAAAGCUGGUCCAACCAAGUACGAGUGUAAUAUUUGGAAGCAAGUAUGGAAACUUUGGAACAAAAUCAUAGUCAGUUCCGACGGGAGUAAGGUGAGUGUAAAGGGGGUAAAUUCUACACCUUACGUAUUCUUUUACGUAUUAUGAUUUUAAGUAUUUUAGCGAAUUGGUUAUCGUUGCUUGGUUAUGUGUAUGAUUGAUUAUUUGUGCUUUGCUUGAGUUAUGGUUUGAGAUGAUUUUGUGCUAUUUGAGGUGAUUUUGUUUGAGCUAUGCUUGAAGUUAAUGUUUUUAGUUACUUUGAAAUUUUUACGAGUAUAAGUUAUUAUUAAAGAGUAAGAAACAAGUUCUUUUAAAGAAGUAACCCACCUUAAAGAUGGUGAAGUCAUUUUAAGUGUUUUUAGUCACUAGCGCCAGUCCGUUGCCAUUUGAGAUUUUCAGAUAGAGCUGCAGUUAUGCUCUUGAGAUCUUUGAGACAGAGGAGCAGUUAUGCUCUUGAUACUUUUAAGAUGAGCAGCAGUUAUGCUCUUGAGAAUCGGGGUGAAGAGCCACCACGAUAAGCUUAAAAUGUUAGGGGGAUGAAUCGUUACGACUUCCCUAACUAAGUUUAAGUUUAAGGAAAGCCUGGAUGGCUUCUCAUACGUAUGAGUUGGCAACCGGACUAGCUAGUGAGGGAUCCCCGUGUCAGUCAAGUAUUUAAGUCAAGAUUUGAGUUUUAAGAGAGGAGAGUAACUUCAACUCCCUCAAAGUUUAAGAGUUAAGAUUUUAAAAUUGGAAGUACAAACAACUUCCACUAGUUAAAGUUAAAUGUUUAAGUAAAAUACUCAAGUAUGAGAAUUAUUAAAACGUAAGGGCGUAGACUGACCCCAUCUCACUCACCAGUUUGACGAGCUAGAGAAGGAGCUAGAGGCGUUGUUAGUGAACAGCAAGUUCAAGGGCAGCCAGCUAGAGAAGGGCAGUGUAAGUGUCACGGAGGAUGCCUAGUUAAGAUUUUCAGUAGCGGCAACGACAGUGACUACCUAGUUAUUUGCAAUUUAUGAUUAUGAGUAUAGACUGGAGAUCAGAUUGUGAUGUUAAUGUUUGAGUUCAAUUUGCCCACAUGUUAGGGCUUUGCUUUGAACUACAAGUGUGUGUUUUUAGUAUUUUAUUUGUGAAAAUUUUUGCCGCUACAAUUUAAGAUUUGAGUAUUUUAUUUAUCAAGGGAAUUUUAGUAAAAAUAGUACCCAGCCGGGUUAGGGUGUUUCAUUUUGGUAUCAGAGCCUGGUUUUCCUCUGUUCCUUGGUCUCCAAGUAAUACUGGAAUGUCGGUCUGAGUUUUCAAAGGUUUUGUUUUAAAGGAAAGGAAAAUGAGUUAAGGGUCUCCUUUUAAGAGUUUAUAGAAUCUCCAGUCUACUCUAAUCGUAUUAAGGUAAAUAACUAAAGUUCUAAUAGAAAAGGUUUCAAUCGUAGAGGAAUACCUCUAGGAUUUUGAAGGAGUUGAAGGAGUAGUACGAGGAUUCCACUACUAUGCAGCAAAGAGAGGAUCUAAUAAGAAAAAGCAAACAAAUAGGAGAACUAUGAAUCUCCAAAGAAAGAGCUACAGUCACUAGAUGUCAGUAGCUAUAAUGAUGGGAGGAUUUCAGGGUCCUUGACCCUAAGCAGUGGCGAGGAAGCAACGAGCCAUGAAACGAAGAGGUACCACGAGAAGUCCCUCAACUAGUUUUAGUGGUCAACGCUAUUGCAACAUAGUGACAAGGUGUAGUGGAAAGCUUAGGCUUCAAGAAAAGCUAAGGUAUUAU